AAACAAUACAAAUUUGCAAGAAAAAUUACAAAUUGUGCGACAUUUUUAUAGAAAGAUGUUAAAAUAUUUAUUUAAAUAAAAAAUAGCCAUCAUUCAAAAUGACUUCAUCAUUAGAACGUUGUCCGGGUCAGUAUUGUGGACGCAUACAAUUGGAUAAUGAAACCUGGAGUGAUUGUGGCCCCUGUCCCAGAGGUUUUCGGGUAAAUGAAAGUUAUGCUUGUACCCAAUGUGAGGAGGAGUUGGAUGCCUAUUCGUGGUUUUAUUUGGGCUUUAUGGCGGCAUUGCCCCUAAUGAUGCACUGUUUCUUUAUUGAUUUGGAUGCCAAGGAUAGAAAAUUUUCCCGCAAACAAUUGAUUUUAACUACUUGUGCUUGCGUGGAGGUUAUUAUUUCGGCCAUAGCUGCUAUACUCUUAAUGGAGCCCAUGGGUGAAUUUCGUUUAUUUUCUUGUCCAGUUCGCAAAUUCUCCGAUUGGUAUACCCUUUUCUAUAAUCCUGCUCCUAAUUAUGAGAAAUCUUUACACUGUACCCAAGAGGCAGUGUAUCCUUUGCAAACUAUUAUAUUGGUCUUCUACUUUUUGUGUUUGGUCACCAUGUUUAUUAUAAGGCCAUUGGUUAGCACCAUAUUGGAAGUGAGAGGAAAGGCACCCAUUUAUGCUGCUUUAUACUUUCUACCAUUGAUUACGUUUAUUCAUGCCUUGGCAUGUGGACUAAUAUACUAUUCUUUUCCCUACAUGAGCAUUGCUAUAUCCAUGAUAGCCAAUGCCAUACACUAUUCCAUGAAAUUAGAUCAAUCUUUUAAAGCUCUAAUCAAAUCUUCGUGCUUGGAAAUUAAAAAUUUAGUUAUAAUAUGCAUACAAUGGCUUUUAUUAGCCUAUGGUAUUAUAGCUUUAGGACAUCACUAUGCCUUGUUGUGUUUAGUGCCCUUUCCUUCUAUAUUUUAUAUAUUAACUGUGCGUUUUACCGAUCCGGCCGAGUUUCGGGAAAGUGAAGCACGCAGUAGUUAAGGUGAAUUAAAGACACAUAUUUUUCUAUUUAA